UCUUGGGAACUUACUCCAAAGUGCUUGUUAUAAAUACACAAUAGCAGAAUGGAAUGAGUACAUGAAAGAGAUAUAUGACAUGGAUCCAAGGGCAUACAACAUUGCUAUGAACUACUCUCCUGAUCAAUGGGCAAAUGCAUUCUUCCCGGGAAUAAGGUAUGGGCACGUAACAUCUAAUGUCGCUGAGUCUUUUAAUAAUUGGAUAAGGGAAGCUAGAAUGCUACGGAUUCUGCAAAUGGUUGAGCAUAUCCGUAAACAGAUAAUGGUUCGAAUGAGUAAUCGCCGGUUACUUGCAGAUAAAUGGGUUGGAUAUCUCUGUCCACAAGCAGAGAUGGUGCUUAAAGAAAAUAUAGAGAAAGGUCGUCCAUUGGAUGUUAAGCAAGCUGCAGCUGACAUAUUUGAAGUGCAAGCACAUAAAACUACCCGUGUUGAUUUGGAGAAGAAGACAUGCACUUGCCGUGCUUGGGACGUCAUGCGGAUUCCGUGUAAACAUGCAUGUGCAGUCAUCUCGUACAUGAAGAGAGACAUUUACCAAUAUUGCGAUUGGUUUAUGUCCAUAGAAGCAUUUAAAAAGAGCUAUGACCCGAUUCUCUAUCCUAUACCAGAUUAUGAGAAACGAAGCGUGCCAAGGGAUGAGAUCGAGCUACUUCCACCACAUACUAUCAAAAGAAAGGGGAGAAAUAAAACAAGACGUAUCAACAAUCGAACAGUGUACAAACGACCUUUGAAAUGCUCUCGAUGCCACUCCGAAGGCCACAACCGCGCAACUUGCAAUGAGCCGAUCGCCGAUUGAUAUGAGUUGCGGAUUUGAAGAAACACUUUUGGGUGUAUGUAAUACUUUUGUAGUUAAUUGUUUAUAUGAACUGAAACAUAUCUGGGUGUAUGUAAUACUUUUGUAGUUAACUGUUUAUAUGAACUGAAACAUAUCUGGGUGUAUGUAAUACUUUUGUAGUUAACUGUGUAUAUAAACUGAAAUAUAUCUAUGCCAAUGUGAAUUAUAAUGAAAAUGUUAUCUUACUUGGGUCUGUAAAGUUGCUCAGUUAGAUUGUUAAGUUACAGUUAACAUAUAAAAUUUUCUUGGUAAGUUAUUAAGCUACACCUAUUACAUGUUAACUCUUGUAAAUAACAUGAUGG